UCUACGCUGGGGCGGCACCGAGCCCCGCGGCAGUGGCGCAAGCCGGUGAGGGCAGCGACAAGAUUUAAAUAAACAACACCCUUUUGCUGAAGGAACACAUUUGCUGGUAUAGUUUCAGAAUGUCAAGUACUGUGUCCUACUGGAUCUUAAAUUCUGCAAGGAACAGCAUCGCCACAUUACAAGGGGGCAGGUGUUUCUAUUCAAGGUGUGCCUCAAGUAGAAAUAAAUCAAAAAGGGCUCUCUUUUCCUGGGUAUCAACCACCCUAAAAAACAAUGCCCCAUGUGGUGGCUUUGCUCUGCCGAAAGCCUAUAGGCACACAUCGACAGAGGAAGACGAUUUCCACCUGCAGCUCAGCCCAGAGCAAGUAAAUGAAGUGCUACGAGCUGGUGAGGCAGCACACAAGAUUCUCAACCCCGUCAGCGUCAGUGGAGUCCCAAAUUCAGUAUUGCGGUUUGAGAGCAACCAGCUGGCUGCCAAUUCCCCAGUAGAGGACCGGCGAGCUGUAGCCUCCUGCCUACAGACCAAUGGGCUGAUGUUUGGCGUCUUUGAUGGACAUGGUGGCCAUGCAUGUGCUCAAGCAGUAAGUGAGAGGCUCUUCUACUAUGUGGCAGUGUCGCUGAUGUCUCAGCAGACCUUGGAGCAGAUGGAGGAAGCAAUGGAAAGCAUGAAGCCCAUGCUGCCCAUCCUACAGUGGCUCAAGCACCCAGGGGACAGUAUCUACAAGGAUGUCACGUCAGUGCACCUUGAUCACCUCCGGGUCUACUGGCAGGAGCUGCUUGAACUGCACAUGGAAAUGGGACUGAACAUUAAGGAAGCAUUAAUGUAUUCCUUCCAGAGACUGGAUUCUGACAUCUCACUGGAAAUCCAGGCCCCUCUGGAAGAUGAGAUGACGAGGAACCUUUCACUCCAGGUUGCUUUCUCUGGGGCAACAGCUUGCAUGGCCCAUGUUGAUGGGGUCCACUUGCAUGUGGCAAAUGCUGGUGACUGCCGGGCCAUCCUUGGUGUCCAGGAGGACAAUGGCAUGUGGUCUUGUCUGCCCCUUACCCAUGACCACAAUGCCUGGAACCAGGCUGAGCUGUCACGGCUAAAGAGGGAGCAUCCUGAGUCAGAAGAUGGGACAAUCAUCGUGGACGACAGGCUGUUGGGCGUCCUCAUGCCCUGCAGGGCAUUCGGGGACGUCCAGCUGAAGUGGAGUAAAGAGCUGCAGCGCAGUGUCCUGGAGAGGGGCUUUGACACCGAGGCCCUCAACAUUUACCAGUUCACCCCACAGCACUACUACACUCCACCCUACCUGACUGCUGAGCCUGAGCUCACAUACCACAGGCUCAGGCCCCAGGAUAAGUUCCUCGUACUGGCCUCAGAUGGCCUAUGGGACGUACUGGACAGUGAGGAUGUGGUGAGGCUGGUGGUGGAGCACCUGAGUGAAGCAGGCCGGCACAAGCCAGACCUGGCCCAGAGACCCGCCAACCUGGGGCUCAUGCAAAGCCUGCUGCUGCAGAGGAAAGCCCAGGGGCUUCACGUUGCCGACCAAAAUGCAGCCACGCGUCUGAUCAGACACGCCAUAGGGAGCAAUGAGUAUGGGGAGAUGGAUCCAGAGCGGCUGACUGCGAUGCUGACAUUGCCGGAGGACUUGGCAAGGAUGUACAGGGACGAUAUCACUGUCACUGUGGUGUAUUUUAACUCAGACUCAAUUGAUGCAUAUUACAAAGGUUAAGAAUCUCCCAUCCUGUUGCCAAGGUUAACUUAAAUGUUCUUUUGAGACAUUUUCACUUACUCUUAAACUGGCUAUUCAAACCUUACUGUUAAAAGGGUAGUCAGGUGUAGCUUGCUUAAUAAUAGACUAAUGUGAGAAAAAAACAAACAGCCUAAGUUUAAAAUCAAUAGCAGUAUACUUAUGUGGCAGGGAAGAUACCAUGAUCACAAAGGUGGUUUUCCCAGGGCGAGGCUUAUCCAUUGUACUCCAGAUGUGCUGAUCCCUGCGAUUUCCCCAAAUGUGGGGAACUCGACUGCAUAAUUUGUGGUAGUGGGGGACUGCUUUCAUGCUCUCCCCCGAAAAAAAACAAAUAGCAGUAAUUUCAUGUCUCUGUGUGUUUUGGUCACCUCUUCCACUCAGAGAGGGCAGAGACAGAGACACAGAAUUGGCUUGGGCUCACGUAGCCCAUGUCCUUUUAUAAAGACACUUGUUAAACUGUCAGCCUGAGCCUCCAAAGGGUGAAUUCAGUCAUGAUUUUUAAUUCAGUCAUAUGAAGAACUUCAGAAUCUUCUGAAGUUUUGCUGUAAAAUCUGCAAACUUGAUAAUUUCCUCAAUUCACAAUUAUGGACUUCUAGACUGUGAAGGAAGGUUUUGUUUGUUUUAAUCACUAAGACCUAGGUUUACAGAGAAUAUUACAGAACACUUCUAUGCAACAUUCUAACCUUUUUUGUGAUUAAACUUAUGAAAACAUUUUGUAAUACUGCAUUCUAGUCCUAUUUUAGUUUAUUUUAAAACUGAGUCCUCAAACUUGCAAACAGGUCUGCUGUCAACAUGCUUGGAAUGACCUGUCUUGAUUUUCAGCUGAGGGUGAGAGGGGCUAGGCCUCUGGGCCAGCUGAAUUUACUUGUGCAGCUUUUGAUCCCUUCCAUUGGGUCCUACCCCUGAACCUUUGAGCCAUACUAAGAGGUAACUUCUGUCUAUGCCUUAAUCCCUGGCCUUCCCUGAAUUCAUAUUUUCUCCAGGGUGUAAGCCACUGGGGGUUUAGUGAUAGUACUUAACCUUUCUGAUUAUACCUCUCAAACAUUCUUCUGUUAAUUCCUACCUUUUCUAUACUGAAUUUCCUCAUCCUGCUGCUUCUAAUUGCAAAGAAUGCUUCCAUUUCAAAUGGUUGCAGGGAAGGAGAAAAUGUGAUCUCCUUGUGUCCGACUUUUAAGCAGUACUGGGUUAUGCAGUGGAUUAUAGACUUAAGAUUUAGCCUGAAUCAGGAGAGGUGAAGAAGGAAGGACCUGAGAAUAGUCACUAACCAAGGCUCCCUGUGUGUAUCCUGAGAGCCAGUGGGAGGAGGGCAGAGGGAAAUUUGUCAGAUGGGACACUUGCUUCUAGAAUGGGGGAUAAAUCACAUUGCUUCUCCUCAGAAACUGGACAAUAUAUAGAGUACAGGAGUUGAGGCAAAAAUAAAUGUAACUUGUAAUAGCUUCUGUGGGCUGCACAGACUAAAAUGAAACCAUGUGGAUCUUUUUUUGGGA